AUGGCCAAACAGCACAGCCUUUCUGCAAAUAUGCGGAACACGGAGCGACGGCUUAUCGACGUACACGGCAGAAAACUUGAAUUUGAGCGCUGUGAAUCGUCAAGCACCGUAAAAGAAAGAGCCGAAGGACGAUUAGCUGUCGCCGAAUGCCCGCCGGCAACGGAUGCUUCACCACCUCAGCCCAUGUAUUGUCCAGCAGAGCCAUAA